UUGGUUUUGUUUAGCGUAGUUGAAACGUGAGUAUUAUCACAUCGUUUUGAAAUCAUCUCAUUUUUAUAGGGUGUUGAGAAAAGGCUUCAAAAACACAGAUUUCCAUUUUUUUUUUCAUAUUUUAAAUUUGUUUGUUUCACUCUCCUUUGAAUUGUCAGAUUUUCAGAUUUUCAGUUUUAAAUCUCAUGUUUUUAGAACAAGUUCACUUAAUUCCUUUCAUUGUUUUUAUCACAAACAAAACCAAAAAUCAGACGAUUUUACAAAAUGAAUUAUUUAAAACCUUGACCACGUUGUUCUGUUAUCAAUCAACAAUCAGUUCGCAUUUCCUUUUUAUUCACGAUAGAGAAAUUCAGUUCAUAUUAUUUUUCUAAUUCACAGAAUGUCCCUCCCAGCCAAGUCUCUCGUCUCUGCUUCAUCCAAUGGAAUCCGUCUCGCCUCAUACCGUUAUUCAAGCCAAGCACCAAAGGUCGCUUUGCUCGGAGCCGCCGGAGGAAUCGGUCAACCAUUGGGUCUCCUUUUGAAACAAGACCCAUUGGUCGCUCAUUUGUCCCUUUACGACGUUGUCAACACACCGGGAGUCGCCGCUGAUUUGUCACACAUUGACAGCAAUGCUAAAGUUACCGCUCACACUGGACAAGCUGAAUUGUUCGCCGCUGUUGAGAACGCUGAUGUUAUUGUUAUCCCAGCCGGAGUUCCACGUAAACCAGGAAUGACUCGUGAUGAUUUGUUCAACACCAACGCCGGAAUCGUUCGUGAUUUGGCUGCUGUUAUCGCCAAGGCUGCUCCAAAAGUGAGUUGGAAUCUAAUAUAGAAACGUUGAAGGAAAUCCUUUCUAAAAAAAAUACUUUUCUCCGAAAAUCCAAAUUUUUUUCCAGGCUUUGAUUGCUAUCAUCACAAACCCAGUCAACUCAACAGUUCCAAUCGCUUCCGAAGUUCUCAAGAAGGCCGGAGUUUAUGAUCCAAAACGCGUUUUCGGAGUCACUACCUUGGAUGUUGUUAGAUCGCAAGCAUUCGUCGCUGAACUCAAGGUACAGUCAACAAAUUUUGAUCGUUCUUUGAAAAGAUAAAAAAGAGAGAUAGUUGUGUCCCUCUCUAACCAAUGAUGCAAUACAAAUAUUGAUGUCUAUUUUUUCAGGGACACGAUGCCACCAAAACCAUUGUCCCAGUUGUCGGAGGACAUGCUGGUAUCACUAUCAUCCCACUUCUCUCCCAAGUCACACCAGCCACCACUUUCACUGAAGCCGAAAUCUCCAAAUUGACACCAAGAAUUCAAGAUGCCGGAACUGAAGUCGUCAACGCCAAGGCUGGAGCCGGAUCAGCUACACUUUCAAUGGCUUUGGCUGGAGCUAAAUUCGCCAACGCUUUGAUUCGUGGAUUGAAGGGACAAAAGAAUGUACAAUGCGCAUAUGUUGCUUCGAAUGCUGUAAAUGGAGUUGAAUAUUUCUCAACACCACUUGAACUUGGACCAAAUGGAGUUGAAAAGAUUCUCGGAGUUGGAAAGGUAUGUUUUCCGCAUCUGUAAUUCAAAUUGUAAUUUUCUGAAAAUCAAAAAACUAGUCAAAAAUCAAAAAAAAAAAGUCAAAAAUCAUCUUGGAAUGUGCAAAAUUUAUUUAAAGACACAUCAGCCACUGGAAAAAACAGAUUUCCCGCAUUUAUUUUCAAACGACAAAACCAGCAUGUGCGCUCUAGCGACACACUGUAUGCAAACACUUUCGAAAUUUCCGUCGGCUGAGCGAUUUCAAAAACAAUUAUUUUAUUUUUUCACUUUUGCUAUACUCAAAAUUUUUUCUUGAUUUUCAUGAAUUUCGAUUACUUGAAUGGUGUUAUGAAUGAAUAACAAACUCAUUUUCUGUUCAUUUCUAGCGGAUUAUGUGUCUUUAAAAAAAUCGAUAAUUUUCAUUGGAAAAUCGAAAGUUUGAUUUUGUGGCGGAAUUCCGGACUUAUCACAUCUUUUUUUGAGAUUUGCAACUUGUCUUAUUAAAUUCAAAAUUUUUGUUCAAAGUGAGCUAAUCAAUUUUUUUCAAACUUCAAAGUAAAUUCACAAUUAACUAUAAUUUUCAGGUCUCUGCUUUCGAACAAAAAUUGAUCGACGCUUCAGUACCAGAAUUGAACAAGAACAUCGCCAAGGGAGUCUCAUUUGUCAAGGGAAAUUGA